ACUUGUCUGAGAAUUCUCUAUUAAACUACCCAUAUAAAUAUCCGUUUGCUUGUAUCCACUUUCAGCAAAUUAAAAAGAUCAAUUAGUUACCUAGCUGAGCAUCAAAAAUGGGUAGACAAAGACAACAGAACUGGACGGUGCUAGGCCACCUAAAGAAGGCCGUCAAGAAGUUGAACUUUCUACUAAGGUUUAACCUGAGGGGAUGGCGCAUAGCUUCUAUUGUCCGCAAUGUCUCUAAGCGGCCGCAACUUCGAUUGAAGAGCUUUAAUGAUAGGUUAGGUUUGCAUGGUUGCAUCGAAGAUUUAGAAUCUGAUCGAAGCGAGAUGGUUAAAACCCUUCAAAGGACGAGAAGUUAUGCUUCUGAUGAAGAUAUUGACCAAAGGGCGGAGAUUUUUAUUGCUAACUUCCGCCGCCAACUUCUGCUAGAAAGGCAGGUUUCUUUGCAGGUUCGAUAUUACAGAGGGAAUAGUUUCACCAGGGAUUACUGAGAUUUUUUGUGUGGGUAUGAAUUGUAGCCUUGACGUAUCCUGGUAAUAAGGGCGGGUUUUAUAGAUUUAUACGCUUUUCUCGUCUUUUUUUUUUUUUCUUGUGACAGUUGAUGCAUUCAUUUGUUUGAUGGAGGUUUGUAUAAGGAAUAUUUAUCACAUCGCAUAAUGUUAUGACUAGUUGAUUAUAUAGAUAUAUACACAUGUUGUGGUUACAAUGUAUCCAUCCUUCAUUAUAUCUUGAGAUUUUUGAGUUGUA